AUGGACUACUACCGCAAGUCGACGCUGGGCAAGUGCCUGACGGACGCGCUCGACGAGCUCGUGUCCAACGGCACCAUCACGCCCGACCUCGCCGUCCGCGUUAUACUGCAGUUCGAUAAGUCGCUGGUGGAGGCUCUCGAAACCAAAGUCAAGUCCAAAACCAACUUCAAGGUUAGCCAUCCUCUCACCUUCCGCCCAUCCCCUCGCCUCCCCAUCCCCACGCCCCCCAACCCCUUUCUCACUUCCCCCCCGCUCGCUUCCCCUCCGCUCGCUUCCCCUCCCCUCGCUUCCCUCCGCUCGCUUCCGCCCCGCUCUGCUUCCCCUCCGCUCGCUUUCCCCUCCCCUCGCCUUCCCCUCCCCGCUCGCUUCCCCCCCGCUCGCGUACCCCUGCCUGCUCGCUUCCCCUCCGGCUCGCUUCCCCUCCGCUCGCUUCCCCUCCCGCUCCGUCUUACCCCUCGCUCGCUUCCCCUCCGCUCACGCUUCCCCCUCCGCUCGCUUCCCUCUCCGCUCGCUUCCCCUUCCCGCUCGCUUCCCCUCCCUCCCGCUCGCUUCCCCUUCCGCUCGCUUCCCCCCCGCUCACGCUUCCCCCCCGCUCGCUUCCCCUCCCCUCGCUUCCCCCCCACUCGCUACCCCUCCGCUCGCUUCCCCUCCGCUCGCUUCCCCUCCGCUCGCUUCCCCUCCGCUCGCUUCCCCCCGCUCGCUACCCCUCCGCUCGCUACCCCUCCGAUCGCUUCCCCUCCGCUCGCUUCCCCUCCGCUCGCUUCCCCUCCGCUCGCUUCCCCUCCGCUCGCUUCCCCUCCGCUCGCUUCCCCUCCGCUCGCUUUCCCUCCGCUCGCUUCCCCCCCGCUCGCUUCCCCUCCGCUCGCUUCCCCUCCGCUCGCUUCCCCUCCGCUCCCUUCCCCUCCGCUCGCUUCCCCUCCGCUCGCUUCCCCUCCGCUCGCUUCCCCUCCGCUCGCUUCCCCUCCGCUCGCUUCCCCUCCGCUCGCUCCCCUCCGCUCGCUUCCCCCCCGCUCGCUUCCCCUCCGCUCGUUUCCCCCCCGCUCGCUUCCCUCCGCUCGCUUCCCCUCCGCUCGCUUCCCCUCCGCUCGCUUCCCCCUCCGCUCGCUUCCCCUCCGCUCGCUUCCCCUCCGCUCGCUUCCCUCCGCCUCGCUUCCCCUCCGCUCGCUUCCCCUCCGCUCGCUUCCCCUCCGCUCGCUUCCCCUCCGCUCACUCCGCACGGAGCACCGCUCACACGAGCCUAUCUCUAGAAAAUCUCUGGUCCUGUGA